UACUGAGCCCAGCUUGGUUUCUAACAAGCCCCUCUCCCAGUGACAGCCUCCCAGUCGUCCACACAACCAAUCACGGCCUGAGAGCACAACAGUGAGCCAACCAGAGCUUUAGACCCUGAUAGGUCUCAGGUGUGUCGAUGUUCAGAGGGUCUCUAUCACCUUAAGAAAACAUUUAGGCCACAGUGCUGUGGGUGAAACUGGAGGGGAUAUGAGUUCCUGAAAAUACUAAACAGAUACCGGAUGAUUAAUUAAGGAGCUAAAAAAAAUAAAAAAGGCAAAGAGACAGCGAAAAGGAAAAAAGAAGGAACUACAGGAGAUAAUUUCCAAUCAGAAAACAUGAAGCUGGGUGACAAAAAGGCAGCGCUGUUUGCCAUCACAGAAAACAUUGAGAUGGAGCUGUUCUCCUCAGAGGAGCGCUGUGUGGUGAUAAUAACGCAGGAGAAGAAGGAAGAAGACAACUUUCGCCAGCGAUAUCUGGAGCAUCCUCUGGUCCCUGACAGAGGGGAAGAUCCAGAGCCACAGGACCAGAACCACCUAGAGCUCAAAACCAAGUCAGAGCAUUUCUACCCCAUCUCAACCGAGCAAACACUCAUAGAGAUGGAGAUGUUUCCUCCAAACAAAGUAUCAGAGUGUGUGCACGUGGAGAGAAAGUCUGGUGAUCCUUCCACCAUUGCUCUGGUGUCAUCCCAGCCAUCCCCGAACACGGCUACUCGUCUCAAAUGGAGGAAAGCGAUCCCACAGAGGACGGGCCUGGUGGUUAAAGACGUGGUGUGUCUGCCCAGAGGAUACUACCUGACACAGCUGGAGAGACAACUUGUCCCUCUGAGCAAAGAACGAGCAGCUCUGGCUGCCAUGGGACUUACCGCCCGUAUCACCAUUGACUCCAGCUGGUCGGCCAAUCAAAUGGAGAGUCGGCUGGCGGCGCUUUUCAGGGGGCGGUUUGUAAAAUGGGCUGGACAGAGGUUUUCCUUUACGUAUCUGCAGAGUGUACAGGGCUCCAGAGCACUGUUUGUCCCUGAUCCUCCUGCUGAGGGCUGGACCGGAGACCAAGUUCUCAGGAUCUCAGCAUACAGUGCUUUGCAUAUCCUCAGCCAACACGACUACCCACAGGUAGAAUCUGUGAGGCUGGUAAACAGGACAGCUAUGGUGAACAGGAAGGAGUUCUGUUCUGAGGUCAUCUCCGACUGCUGCAAAGAUGAAGACAGUGAGACGAGAAAACAAAUUGACCGUCGUGCCAGCAGGACCCCAGAGGAGUCCGCAGGAGACCUGAACGCCAUCCUGAAAUCGUUCAGACAGGAGAACACAAAUCGAGAUUUAGAAAUUUACAUCCAGGUGAGGAGGAGUGAUCUGCUAGACAAUGCUCUUAAAGUGCUGAGGAGGCCGGGCUUCUGCUUCAGGACGACACCUAUAAUCUCCUUCAGUGGCGAAGAGACCACUGGCCAUGAUGGACCUCUGAGAGAGUUCUUCAGGUUGGCUCUGCUGGAGCUGCAGCACAGUUGUGUGUUUAGGGGUCGACCUGGGCGUCUCUUAUUGACCUACGACCUCAACGCUCUAGAAGACAGGAAGUAUUACGAAGCAGGGGUUCUAAUUGGCUGGUCGUUGGCUCAAGGUGGGCCUGGACCUCGUUGUCUACACCCUGCACUCUACCAGCUGAUGUGUGGUCAGAGUCCAUCUUUGAAAGACUUCAGCUGGAUGGACAUUGUUGAUACUGAAACACGGAUCCGACUGCAAGAGUUGCACAGUUGUACAGAUGCGAAGCUGCUGUCUCCCAGUCUGUGUGACUGGAUGUCGUCCCAUGGGAUCUCUGGAAUCUCUUUGGUUCGUUGCGAUGAUGUACCAGCCGUCUACAGCCGCCUGGUCAAACACUGCAUCUACCACAGGGUGGCCAGUAUGAUCUCCCAGUUCAAGGAAGGAUUGAACAGCUGUGGUGGAUUGUGGGAUAUCAUUCGGUCCCACUGGGAGACGUUUGUGCCUGUGAUAACGAGUACGCAGCAGCAGCUUCUGACCCUGGAAAAGUUCAAGCGGCUCUUUGUCGUCUGCUUCAGCCGUCUAGACUCUCAGCUGAGGCCAGCGGAAGAAGCCACGGCCGAACACUGGGGAACGGUCCUCUCGUUGGUCGGCGAUGGUCAGACAGAUUUUUCCUUCGAAGACCUCCUCGUCUUCAUCACAGGAGCUGAUCAUCUUCCUCCUCUUGGGUUCCCCAGAUUGAUCUCCCUGCAUUUUUACUCCCAGGAUGUGACCACAUCAGAAGUGCGUCUUCCCUAUGCCUCCACCUGCUCUCUGGAGCUCUUCCUGCCGAGGGGGGUGGCGAGGGCUGCUGAUCUGCUGGACUUGCUGAACAGAGCCGUGCAAGAGGCCCUCGGCUUUACACACUUCCAGAAGGACAGAGAUGGAGAGGACGGCUGCACAGAAGUGAUGACGUGAUUAUGAAAUGUGUGCGCUCCAAGAUUAGCUCCUCCUGUACUUGACUCUCUGGAGCUUAGAGGAUCUGAGAGACUUUGUCAGUUUGCAGUUUGUUGCUUUAGUCUACAUAACUGGAUGAGGGAUAUUUUGCCAAUGGUUGUGUUGUUUAAAGCUUUUAGAAUUCAGAGUCUGCAGCUCUGCAUAUGAUCUCUUGCUGUAAUCAAAACAAAUUUAUGAAUUUUUUUGACUCUUGUAGAUCAAACCUGGAGGAUUCGACUGACAAACGGUUCUUGAAUGUUGACACUGAUGCAAGAAAGAAAGAAACUUAUGAAUUAAGUUUGGUUUCCACAUUUUGUAUUAAUAUUUUAAUAAUUAUUAACAAAACUAUCAAUACCCAUUCCAAAAUCAUGCACCUCUAGCAUACAAAUGUGACUCAUUUUAGAUUUCACAUCAGUGAUAUGAUAUAUUUAGGAAAAUAUUUACACAUUCUAUAGGAAUUGUCUCCCUCAGUGUAAUCUUUUUUUAUGUUCUAAUAAUGUUUUAAAGAGCUAAACUGAUAAUGUAGAUAAAACCUGAAAUGCUUUAAAAUAAAAUGUUAAAUAUAA